UGGGUCUUCGGAACCCAAUUUCAGUGUACGUUCGGAAUGUCUCACAAAAGUUACGACUUAUUAUGGCGAGCCACACAUGAGCUCUUAACGUCGAUUGUGGAAAGCGAACCGCAACAAGCGGACGUCCGGCAGCAAAGGAAGCAAUUGGCGACCCUUUACUUACGCUACAUAACUGCAGCAAACGGAUUCACUGAAUGCGUGGACCAAAUUGUGCAACCGCAGAAAAGGAUCCUCAUUUCAAAGCUGCUAACUGCCACACUUGGUCGCAUCUGCGAAUUAAAGUCAGACCUCGUCGAAGCAGAUUUGAACGAAUAUACUCAUUGCGGCGAUGUACUAGAUUCUUUGAAACUGACGCCGCGCGAUGUCGAUCUAAUCAUACCAAAUUACUUCCGUUUGGAACGCAAAGAGGAGCUCGACUACCGCAAGGGCAUAAUCGACAGUGUCCUGGAAAAGCUUGGUCUGCUGCACAAGAUAGAAGUGAAAACCCCUUUAUCCGAACAGCAAGCUAUUUUGCUUCUACAAACGCAUGAACGAGCAAGACAAGGCCGGCUGCGGGCGCAGUUCAUGAAAGAAAUAAAAAAUUUGAAAGAAAGAAACAAACCGCAGCAGGGUGAAGACGACGAGGAGAGCGAAGCAAAGAUUAGUCUACCAGCAGCUUUGUGUAUCCAGAAAGUAUGGCGAGGUUACCAGGCAAGAAGAGCAACCAGAAAAAAGAAAAUACAAGAGAUGCUCUUAAUCGGUAUGAUCCCCAAUAAGAAGAAAAACAAUGAAGAGUUAAUGAAAUCAUUGCAAAACAUGGACGCCAGAAGAAAACUACAAGAAAUCCGAAAGAAACACUACGAAGCCGUCGUGGUGAAGUGCAAAAAUAAGUUGGAGAAGCACCAAAGAGCUUUGGUACUGGAACAGCUCAGUGAUCAAGUCAGGUCAUGGCUUUACGAAUACAGAGAACAAACAGGCAAAAUCCCCGACUACACCGUGUCAGAGAGAUCCACGUCAAGGAUGUUAAUUAGCAGACAAGGAACUGGAACAGAUAGCGAACUGAGUAAAUCAACUCAAAUCUCUUCAAAGGAAUCGAAAAAAAGCAAAAAAUCUAAAGAUAUCAAGGAAGAGAUAGAAGAGGAGACCGCUCCGAAAACUUCAAUCUCUAUGUUUCUGCCAGAGCUAAAUUUUUGCAAGGAAGAAUAUGAAGAAAAUUGGAAAAAUAAGGAUGAAAGUCAGAAUCCCAAUCAAUAUCACUAUUUGGACAUAAUCGAAAACGAGCAGAUGGAGAAUAUGGAGAACGAUUUACGGAAAGUCGUGGACGAAAUGAUGAGGGUUGAGUUACAGUUGCUUCAAGAAGCGUUGGAUCGCGAUCGAGGACAUAAAAAGAUCAGAAAAUCGAGUAAAAAAUCUAAACGCAGCAGUAAGAAAAGCAAGAAGAAGAAGGAAAAAGAUUUAACUCCUGACAGAACUACGGAAUCUUUAUUCGAAGAAUUAAUCGCCAAUGGAAUUAUCAAAAGGUAUCCUGAAGUGUUCCUUAAAGACUUCAUUGGAGAAAGGUCCUAUCAUACAGCAGUUCCUCACAACACCGGGAAAGACCCAAAGGUAUUCUUAGGAGAUAUACGACAAAUCCUCGCUGAAUUUUGCAUCAUACCCAUGCUGCACCCUCAACUGCAUGACACCACGCCUCAUAUAAAAUCAUUACUGCUAGCAGGAUCAGAAGGCAGCGGUAAAGAUUUUCUUGUUCAUGCGAUUUGCAAUGAAAUAGGUGCAACUCUUUUCGAUUUGACGCCAGCUAACAUUGUCGGAAAAUACCCUGGAAAGUCGGGUCUCAUAAUGCUUUUACAUUUAGUUAUGAAAGUGGCAAGGUUAAUGCAACCAUCCAUCAUAUUUAUGGACAAUGCAGAGAAGCCAUUCAUGAAGAAGGUUCCAAAAUCUGAUAAGUCGGAUCCCAAAAGGUUGAAAAAGGAUUUACCAAAAAUCAUAAAAAAUUUUGAUAUUGAGGAUAGAAUUAUAUUUAUUGGAGUCACAAACUGUCCAUGGAAUGCGGAUCAGAAACUGCUGCAACAAGUAUACCAGAAAUUUAUUUUCAUCCCUAGGCCGGAAUACAGCUCAAGGUUCGCGUUCUGGAAUCAAAUGCUGCAGGAUUUAGAUGGAAUUAGUUGGCACUUCAAUUUUAGCGGCGUCUCGAGAAUUUCGGAUGGUUACACCAUUGGAGUUAUAAUGUCAGCUCUUAAUGAAGUUUUAACAGUAAAAAGGAAACUUCAAUUAAGAGUCAAACCAUUGAACCCUUUAGAAAUAAUAAAUGCUUUGGCCAAGAGGGUACCCGUCUACAAAGAGGAAGAUGAAGCUAUGGCAAAUUGGUGGAUGAAAACGCCAAUGUGCAAGAGGAGAACUAAGGCCAUCGAAUCUCUUAUUGAGAUGGAGGAAGAGAUGAAAGCUAAACAAGCCAAUGCUAAAAGGAAAUAGAUAUAAACUCUCGCUAAAU